AUGGGCUUCAAGGAGUUCAUGAAGAGGCGUUCUCUUCGAGCCAAGGACGACAAGCGCACGAAGGCGGCCGAACUGACUCUUCGAGAGUCGCUCUAUCCCAUCUGUCUCGUAACAGUUCUAUUCUUCCUUUGGGGAUUUAGUUACGGUCUUCUCGAUACGUUGAACAAGCACUUCCAAAACACACUUGGUGUUACUAAGUCGCGUUCGUCUGGUCUACAAGCCGCAUACUUUGGCGCCUAUCCUCUUGCCUCGCUCGGUCAUGCCAACUGGAUCUUACGCCACUAUGGUUAUCGGGCCACAUUCAUAUGGGGUCUAUGUCUAUACGGUAUCGGUGCGUUGAUCGCCUUCCCAUGUAUCCAGGCGAAGUCUUUCGCUGGGUUCUGCAUGGCCAUCUUCGUUAUUGGCAAUGGUCUUGGAUCCCUCGAGACUGCUGCGAACCCGUACAUCACCGUCUGCGGCCCUCCUCGAUAUGCUGAGAUACGCAUCAACAUAUCUCAAGCCUUCAACGGUAUUGGAACUGUAGUAGCUCCCGUGCUGGGCUCGUACGUCUUCUUUAACUUCGACGACGUAACGGCGUUGCGAAACGUGCAAUGGGUGUACAUUGCGAUUGCCAUCUUCGUAUUCGUGCUCGCCUUUGCCUUCUUUCUAUCCGACAUUCCUGAGAUUACCGACGCCGACAUGGCAUUCCAAGCCAACGAGACUCACGCCAACGCUGAUGAUCAGCCUUUUUGGAAGCAGUACCGACUCUUCCACGCCGCCUUUGCUCAGUUCUGUUAUACCGGUGCUCAGAUCGCGAUCGCCAGCUACUUCAUCAACUACGUACGCGAUACCCAACCCCUUGCUGAUGAUGCCCUCGCUUCACAACUACUUGCCGGCGCCCAGGGUGGCUUUGCUGGGGGUCGUUUCUUCGGUGCGAUCUUGAUGCGAUAUAUCCGUCCUCGAUGGAUAUUCCUAGCCUUCCUGACUUUGUGUAUCGUGUUCAUCGCACCGUCUAUCACAGAGCGUGGUUGGACGGGUAUGUCGAUGUUGUACGUGACGCUAUUUUUCGAAUCCAUCUGUUUCCCAACAAUCGUCGCAUUGGGUAUGCGCGGAUUGGGCCGUCACACGAAGCGCGGGUCCGGCUGGCUUGUAGCAGGAGUGAUGGGUGGCGCGUGUGUGCCUCCGUUGACUGGUGUCGCAGCCGACUCGCGCCAGACUGCGUUUGCCAUGGUUGUCCCUCUGUGCUUCUUCGUCGCAGCCUCAUCAUAUGCUAUCGCAGUUAACUUCAUCCCCGCGUAUAGGGAUCCCGCGGAUGCGUUUUCUACGACUGAGAUUGGGCUAACACCCCACCAUGGUGGUGAUGAAGAGAGUGGUAACGAGAACGGUAUAAUCGCCGAUGAGAAGGUUGCCCACACUGAGAUUGAGAAGUAG